AUGGAUGAGUCUUUAGGCCAAGCUUGGGAUAGAUUCAAAGGAUUGCUGAGGAAAACUCCCAUUCAUGGGUUUGAUCAACCUACACAACUCACUCUUUUCUUGGCAGGACUUAAAUCCCAGUCAAAGUUGAUGUUAGAUGCCUCUGCCGGUGGGAGUAUCAAGUGGAAGACGCUAGAAGAAGCGUAUGAGUUAAUAGAGAAUAUGGCAGCUAAUGAUAAUGAAGUCUAUACUGAGAGAGCCCAUUCUCAAAAGAAGGGUAUUCUAGAGCUUCAAUCUCAAGAUGCUCUAUUGGCUCAAAACAAGAUUAUUACUCAGUAG